AAAGGGUGGAAGAACGUGACAGUCAAUUUCCACAUAGCAGUUAACAAGAAGAAUGACUCUUCCUUACCCUUGAGCUUCCUUUGCUCUUCUCCUCUUUCCCUUUUUUUUUUUCUUUCUUGAUUCCAUAACUAAUCUGUUUUUAUACACAUACAUAUACAUAUACUGCAGUUACAUAGGGCUAAACACACAGUUUCAUCUCAUUAGGGCUAAUUGACUAGCUGAUUUUUCGAGCUGUGUUCAGUUUCUUUUGAGCUAAGGAACCCCCCUCUUCUUCAUUCCAUCGAUACAGACGACUGAUCAAGAUCAUCUCGAUUUAGAAGAUAUAGAGCUGGGUUUUGUUUCUUCUCCAAUGGAUAGAGAUAAGAAAACUCCGGUACCCAGGUCAUCGGGGGAGGGAAAGCUGUGGAUAAAGCUGAAGGUAAAUCCGGUCAAGUUCGAGCAAGAUGGGGCCCAAGCCAAUGCUGAGGAUCAUCGGAUUGGGCCCCAGAGAAACGACGAGCCUCGGGUAUGCAACGUGUGCAACAAAGGGUUCGGCUCCGGUAAAGCAUUGGGGGGUCACAUGAGAGUUCACGUCCAAGCCGACAAAGAGCUCAAAACCAAUUCUAGCAGUACUAAUAAUGGCCGCUCGAGCGGUGUUGGUGGUGGUAAAACCAUUUGCUCCAUUUGUGGGAAAGAUUUCCCGUCGAUGAAAUCGUUGUUCGGGCACAUGAGGUGCCACCCGGAGAGGGAAUGGAGGGGAAUUCAGCCGCCUCCACAGGCGAAAAACAGCCCGAUAUCGUCCUCGGUUUCCGAUCCCGAGUCUGAACAAUUCCAACAUAUGGCUGAUGAAGACUCGGUGACUGAUUUGACCGAGUCGUUACCGAGUUGGUGUGUGAAGGCCAAGCGAGGCCGAAAAGGGCUUGUAACGGAGGAGGAGAAUUUAUUUGAUGCUGUGGAAGAUUUGAUGAGGCUAGCUCGUGGUGAUUCAUUGGAGUCCGGAUUGACACAUAAGAACAGGGUUGAUGGGUAUGAUUUUAAGGCUGAAAAAAGCAAUUCUUUGAUCGAAAUUGAAUCGAAGAAGCGGAGGAUUCAGGAGAGGGAUUGUUGUCACCCUGUGAAGAAACUGAGGAUGGAUGAAAGAGGGCCCACUCAUGAGGUGAAAAAAAUGGAGAAAUUAGGCAAAGGAAAAGCUCCUGUGCUGGAAAAAGAAUACAUGGAAAAAUCAGUUGACGAAUCGGAUGGGGGAAAAUCAGGUGGCAGUGAUAGUACUAUUCCUUGUGAAGAGCAGCUGAUUGUGAGUUACAAAUACUGUGAGAGCACUAAUACUAAGAAGAAGAGGAAGAAGCUGAAGUUGAGGGAUGUGGAAUCUGUGAGAGAGAGCAAUCUGAUUCCGGUUGAUGAUCAGGUUAAUCGGACGGUGGAGAUAGUGGCGGCGGCGGCGCCACCAGAUAAGUACAAAUGCAGCACAUGUAGCAAGUGUUUCCCAACGCACCAAGCAUUGGGUGGGCAUAGGUCAAGCCACAACAAAGUCAGGAUUAUUAGUCAAAACAUGGAUGAGUCUUCAAUUGCAGCUGGUGAGGGUACUGGUGAGUUGGAAGCAAACCCAAUGAUCCGAGCCGAGGCGAAAAAGGAAGACGAAGGUGCCGGCAGCUCGAAGCCGGUACUGGUGGGAGAGAGCAAUCACCAAUGCAAGAUUUGUAACAAGAUUUUUUCUACAGGUCAGGCUCUAGGGGGUCACAAGAGGUGCCACUGGACCGGAUCAGCUGAUCAGGCUGGUGUGCCGAACCAAGCCGGUUCGCCUGGAGAGGCGAGCCAGACGGGUCAUAGAAAAAUUCUGGAGAUUGAUCUGAAUGAGCUCCCUGCUAUGGAGGAUGAAGAAGAUGGGUAUGACUAUUAUGCAUCUAAUUCUUCUCAUGCUUCAGUUGGUUAGUGAUCAAGUCAGCUGAGUUUCAAGUCAUUUUGCAGCUUCUAUUGCUAGGAGUUGAACUUUUGUUAUUAGUGAGAGGUGAGUACCUCAAAUUUUUGCUUGUUGGUAUCUCAGCUGAUUAAGUUAUGUUCUGCUCACUGAUGACAGUGGUGGAAACUAGGACUACUGUUUGGAUUACAAGUGACUU